CAGCUACCGAGCCCCCGAGAAGAACCGCGCAAAUAUUUGCAAACUCAACUUAAAUCACCAGAGUUCAACCUCAUUCAUCAUUACCUAUGGCUUGCUGGUCUUCCACGGCCUCCCCGGCCGCCGCAUCGACAAAAUGCUCAUGGAUCCUUCAAUCUACCUCACCGAAUCCCCCGAUAAACAUCUCGUAUGGCACGAAUCGCGCAUAUUCACUAAGCUGAUCCCUAAGUUCUUGCUUGACUCAGAAUACUGGGAGAAGGAACUGUGUGUCGACGAAGAGCUGCAUAAAUGCGCCUGUGGACUAUUGCUGUGAUAUGCCUGAUUAGUUGGCUACAAGAGCGAUUCCUGCAUCGUAAACGGGGUGGAACUGCACCCAGAGAAGGUUGAUUGGCUUAUGUGGACUAGCUUUGUAGAAGACUUUCUUCCCAACAUUGACAUACACACGCUGCAGCAGGUAAACAAACGAUAUUAGUGUGUGGAGCUCCGCUUAUCACGCCUCAACUCAUUAUAUAGGUUCACUCCUUCGGUUCUCUCCUUGCGAAACCUUGCAUAUGGAUACAUAUCAACGUGGUACAAGGCUAUCUUUGAGCAUAACUUUGCUUGGAUGUUAGCUGUUUAUACAUAUAUAUAUAUAUAUAUGACAGUCAUUCUGUCAGUCCCGC